AUGCCAAGCUCUACUUCCUCUGGAGACAAAGCUUUGAAAGAUUUGCAGUCGCAACAGGCAAAGAUCCUCUUCGAUAAGAUUGAUGAGUUGCGAACGAUUGGAGUCGGUGGUAUCAUUGAGCUUCCCCAACUGAUCGUCUGCGGCGAUCAAUCCAGCGGAAAGAGCUCUGUAUUGGAGGCCAUCUCCCGAGUUCGCUUUCCAACGAAGACCAAUACCUGCACAAGAUUUGCAACGGAGGUGGUUCUUCGUAGAAGUCCAGAGCCCAAGCUAAAGGUCUCGAUCGAUCCAGGUGAUUCUCGAACGGAUGACGAGGAAAUAGAAAGGCUUCGAGCAUUUUCCGAGACUUUGUCAGACAGUAACGAUGCUGCUGCGUUCCAGAAGUUGGUCGAGAAGGCUCAAGAGUGGAUGGGCAUCGAUAACACCGACACUUCGCCAACGGGGUUCAGCGACGAUGUUCUUAGAGUCGAGAUCUCAGGGCCUGAAAAGCCUGAGCUCACUCUAGUUGAUCUUCCUGGCAUGUAUCAUGCCAAAAGUAAAGAUCAAAAUGCCGAAGGGAUUGAGUUCGUUCGAAACAUCACGGAGAAAUACAUGGCCAAUCCCCGCAGUAUCAUCUUAGCUGUUCUGAGUGCUAGGUUCAACUAUCACCUGCAAGAUGUUCUCGAUACUGCGGAAAUCUUCGAUCCGGAGAGGGAGAGAGUCUUAGCCAUUGUCACCUCCCCAGACAAACUUUCUUCGGGAUCUGAUGAGGAAGAAGAAUACCUUCAGUGUCUUGGAAACGAGAAAGUCCCACUGCAGUUGGGCUGGCAUGUAUUGCGAAACCGGGGAUAUGAAGAACGCAAUAUGGCCGACGACGAGCGCGACAAAAAAGAAAAAGCCUUUUUUGAAACCGGAAAGUGGACUAAUCUUUCUCGGGAGAAUGUGGGAAUCGAAAGCCUCAGGCUUCGUUUGAGUGACAUUCUUUUCAAGCAUGUUCGUCGCAACUUGCCGGGGCUAGUCAAAGAUAUACAGGGCAAGAUCACCAGUCACAAACACAACUUGGCAAAGCUCGGUGCCCCAAGAUCAACACUGCAGGAGCAAAGAUCCUUCCUCGUUGACAUAAGCAACAACUUUACGCUUAUCAUCAACCAGGGCCUUAAUGGAACGUACGAACAUAGCUUCUUCAAGAGCUUGGAUGACGACACGCCAUAUCCUGACAAUCAUUGUCGGCUACGUGCAAUGGUGCGGGAGCUUAACGAGUAUUUUGUCGAUGCUAUCACUGUCCGUGGCAAUGAACGAAAUAUUCUUUUCCCAGAAUCGGAGCAACGCCUAUUCAUGAGUGACCCGAACAACCCGAGGUUCGAUCCCUACAAGGACUGCUGGGUACCAGACGAUGUUGACUACAGAGUACUACUCGAGGAAAUGAGAAGGAAAGCACGAGUAAACAGAGGCAGAGAGCUUCCAGGGAAUUCAAACCAGCUGUUGGUGGGUCAGUUAUUCCGCCAACAGUCAACGCCAUGGGAGAAAAUCGCCAAAUUGCACAUUGACACAGUUUAUGAUGCAGUAGCCAAGUUUGUUUAUUCUGCUCUCAAUUAUCUCACAGAUAAACAUACAUUUGAGCCUAUAUUCAAUGAUGUUAUCGCGCCAGGAUUGGAGAAGCUGAGGCUGUCCAUAUUUGGAAAACUCGAAGAGUUGACCCGGCACUCCAAGCACGGGCACCCAUUACCAGUAGGAAGAAAUUUCAUCACUCGGGUGCAGGGGCUACGGAAUGCACGCCAACUUUUCGUGCUCAAAGGGGAGCUUGGUGUUGUUGGAGGAGGAUUUGGGAAGUCUUUCACCUCGAAGGAUUUAGAGAACGCUACACACAAGAUGCGAAGCAUGAGUGAUGAUUUCGCAGCUGUGGAUAUCAUUGACCAGGCUCAGGCAUACUAUGAGACCGCCCUGACAACAUUUGUCGACAAUAUCGCAAUUUUAGCAAUCGAGAACUGCUUGCUACUUCCCCUCGAAUCUACUUUUACAAGUCUUGAUGUCAGCAACAUGGAGAGUAAUAAGAUCAGAGCGCUAGCGGGAGAGCCACCAUACGUUCGGAGCGACAGAGAUCGCUUUACUAGUCAGCUUGAGAAACUAGAGGCUGGGUUGCAAACUCUUAAUAUUCUGAAGACUGAUAGAUCGUCCUUAACCACCCCUGUGGUAUUUGGUCAGUUUCAAGCAUUCGGCUCAGACGCUCUUAGCUAA